UAGGGCGGACCCGGGACGGACGAUCCGGGUUGCGACGCCGCGCCGGGGCUGGGUGCGUGGGACACCCCCGGCUCUGCUGCUCCGGAAGGCGCUUGGAGGGCGCGCGCCUGGCUUGAGCCGGCGGCCCCGGAGCCUCUCUUUGACUCGGUGCACUGGGGAUCGGGCGCCAAAGGACCGCCCCGCGCGCGUGGCCGCCUCGUCCUCUGCAGCCGAGCGGCGAUGUUCUUUUAAGAAAUUAUUGAAGACAAAGGCCUUUUUAUAUUUUUUGUUAUUUAAUGGAUUUACAAAUGAAGAAUUUUAAAUUGAAUGUAGCUUGACAUGACGGCAAAAAAUGGUGGUUUGACUACCACAAAUGCAGAACUAAGAGGAUAUACAGAUCAGAAUUGCAGCCCAACCAAAGGUAACAUUUCAUUUGUUGCGUUUCCAGUUUCCAGCACCAAUUCACCAACAAAGAUUUUACCAAAAACCUUAGGACCAAUAAAUGUGAAUGUUGGACCCCAAAUGAUCAUAAGCACACCGCAGCGGCUCCCUGGAUCUGGAAGCGUGCUCCUUGGGAGCCCCUACACGCCCGCGCCCGCCAUGGUCACGCAGACACACAUUGCAGAUGCCACCGGCUGGGUCCCAGGUGAUAGAAAACGAGCUAGAGACUUAAUAGACUCUGAUUUUUCAGAAAGUAAACGAAGCAAAAAAGGAGAUAAAAAUGGAAAAGGCUUGAGACAUUUUUCAAUGAAAGUAUGUGAGAAAGUCCAGAGGAAAGGCACAACAUCCUAUAAUGAAGUCGCUGACGAGCUGGUAUCAGAAUUCACCAAUUCAAACAACCACUUGGCUGCCGAUUCGCAGGCUUAUGACCAGAAGAAUAUCAGACGAAGAGUUUAUGAUGCUUUAAACGUGCUGAUGGCAAUGAACAUCAUCUCCAAGGAAAAGAAAGAAAUCAAGUGGAUUGGGCUGCCCACGAACUCUGCUCAGGAAUGCCAGAACCUAGAGAUCGAGAAGCAGAGGCGGAUAGAGCGGAUAAAGCAAAAACGGGCCCAGCUCCAAGAACUCCUCCUGCAGCAAAUAGCCUUCAAAAACCUGGUGCAGAGGAAUCGGCAGAACGAACAUCAGAAUCAGGGGCCCCCAGCACUGAACUCCACCAUCCAGCUCCCCUUCAUCAUCAUCAACACAAGCAGAAAGACGGUCAUCGACUGCAGCAUCUCCAGUGACAAGUUUGAGUAUCUCUUUAACUUUGACAACACCUUUGAGAUCCAUGAUGACAUCGAAGUCCUGAAGCGCAUGGGGAUGUCCUUCGGCCUAGAGUCCGGCAAAUGUACACUAGAAGACCUGAGGCUUGCUAAGUCACUAGUGCCAAAGGCUCUCGAAGGCUACGUCACAGAUAUCUCCACUGGCCCUGCGUGGUUAAAUCAGGGACUGCUGCUCAACUCCACCCAAUCCAUCACCAACCUCGAUCUGACCACAGGUGCCACCUUGUCCCAAUCCAGCGUCAACCCAGGGCUAAGCUUGGACGCAGAAGUGGCCUUAGCGACCGGGCAACUGCUCGCUCCCAACAGCCACCAGUCAAGCAGUGCGGCCUCUCACUGCUCUGAGUCCCGCGGGGAGACGCCCUGUUCCUUCAACGACGAGGACGACGACGAGGAGGAGGACUCGUCCUCCCCAGAAUAAAGGCCAAAGAAAAGCC